CACAUAGUAAGAAAAGAUAUACGCGUUUUUCCUCUCGCUUUCUUAGCACAACCCUUCAUUUUCCUCUCUACCCUAAAUUUGCGCCUAUUCCCACGACGUCGUUUUCCCAUUCCUAUAAAACCCAACCCAACCUCACCUUUUUCUUCAUUCCCAAAAUUUCCCCUGAAACCUAAACCAAAUCUUCACCGAUCAAUUUUCCGAUCAUGGCUGCCGAAGCUCAAUCCGAAUCUCAACCUCAACAACAACUGGUUGAAGAGAACGUUAACAAUAAUCAAGAUGUGCAACAACUGAAGUAUCUUCAAUUCGUGCAAUUCGCAACAAUCCACGCCUUGAUGCGAUGCGCGAUCCUCUAUUCCUACGCGAAAGAACGCUCCGGUCCACUCAAAACCGGCGUCGACACCGUCGAAGAAGCCGUCAAGACCGUCGUCGGUCCAGUCUACGACAAAUUCCACCUAGUCCCCGUGGAGCUUCUCAAGUACGUCGAUCGCAAGGUCGAUGAAUCCGUUUCUGAACUAGAUCGUCAUGUUCCUACAAACGUCAAGAAGGUUUCAACUCAAGCUAGAUCUGUUGUGACCGAAGUCCGCCGCGCUGGAGUUGUUGAAUCGGCGUCUGGAUUGGCGAAAACUGUUUACUCUAAGUAUGAGCCAAAGGCGGAAGAGUGCGCUGUCUCGGCGUGGAGGAGGUUGAAUCAGCUUCCGCUUUUUCCUCAGGUGGCGAAUGCGGUGUUGCCGAAAGCGGCUUAUUGUAGUGAGAAGUAUAAUGAGGCUGUGGUUUUGGGUGCGGAGAAAGGUUAUAGAGUUUCUGCUUAUCUUCCGUUGGUUCCUACUGAGAAGAUUGCUAAGGUGUUUGCUUGAAGGAUGGUUUCGUUUGCGUUAGAUUGUUGGAUUGUGUAAUUUGUAUGUUUGGUUUUAUUUUAACUUUCUAGUUAUUAGAAAGAAAACUUGUUUUCAGUUUCUGGUGUGGAUAUGGGAAUCAUGAUCUAUAAAAAUUUACAUUUAAAAAUCUUA